GGACCAAUGGGAGCGCGCGGGGAAGGGGUGGGGCUCUGGCGCGGUCCUCCGCCGGAAGUCCCGCUUCGGUUGCUAGGGCGACGACGGUGUGCUUGAACCGGAGUUCGGCGGAGGGAGCCGCAGGAUUGCCGCCGAGAUGGCGUUGGCACGGAGAGGUGGCCGGCCGCAGCUGACAGCAGCCCAGGAGAUGGACCGGAAGCAGCACGAGGCCUACUUCCGGAGCAUGGCAGAGCUGGAGCAUGCAAAGAAGGUGCAGCGAGUCCGGCAGUUAGAAGUGAUGUGGGAAGCCGAGGACCGUGUUGAGCAGAAGCGCGUCUCGCGGCUGCUGAAGGAAGAGGAGCACGAGCGGCGUAUGGAGGAGGCCAUCCAGAAGGCAGAAGAAAAUAAGAAGAUGAGAGAACUAGAAUUGCAACAGGAAGAAAAGUUGGCAGUCGAGUUGGCAAGAUUAAACCAUGACAAGCUUAAAGAUGAAAAAAUGAGGCAGCAAAUCAGAGAGAACAGUAUUGAACUUCGGGAACUGGAGAGGAAGUUGAAAUCUGCAUAUAUGAACAAAGAGAGGGCUGCGCAGGUGGCUGAGAAAGAAGCUCUAAGAUAUGAACAAAUGAAAUCUGAGGCAGAGGUGGCCAAAGCCAUGAAGGAAGAGCAAGAGAGGGCCAUCAAGGAAGAGAGCUCUGUUGAAGCGAGGCGGAAUCGGGAGAAGCUGAUUUAUCAGCAAGAACUGGAGAAGCAACUUGAAGAACAAGAGAGACGGAAGCAGGCUGCUUAUGAGGAGUUCUUAAGAGAGAAGCUCUUGAUUGAUGACAUUGUGAGGAAGAUCUAUGAGGAAGACGAAAAGGCAAGGCAAGAACGGUUAGAGAAAAUGAGACUGACUCAGAGAUUCAUUGAAGAAUUUAAAAAAGACCAAGCUAUACGGAGGAGAAGGCAGCAUGAAGAGAUGGAGGAGGAAAACAGGAAGAUCAUGGAAUUUGCCAACAUGUGGAAGCAAAGAGAAGACAACAGGAUGGCGAAAGUCCACGAAAAUGAGGAGAGAAAACGAAAGCUCCAGCAAACGAUUGCAGAAAAUCUGGAGCGAGAGCAACAGGAGCGAGAAGAACUUGAGCAAAUCCGAGCCGAGCUGUAUUUCGAAGAACAAGUGGAGGCUGACCGAAGGAAAGAGAUGGAAGAGAUGGAGAAGAGAAUUCGACAGCGCUUAGAGUUGCGGAAGUCCUAUGAAGAGCAGUUGAGCAUGAGGGAGGUGCUGCUGCAGGCCAUGAAGGAAGAGGAGGCCACCUUCCGUCAGACCAUGCUAGCCAAGUUUGCCGAAGACGACCGUAUCGAGCAGAUGAAUGCUCAGAAACGAAGAAUGAAGCAAGUGGAGCAUCGGAAGGCGGUAGAGGAACUGAUUGAAGAGCGGCGUAAGCAGUUCCUUGCAGACAAGGAGCGUGAACUUGAAGAGAGACAACUGGAAGAAAGAAGGAAAGGAUGGAUUAAUGACGUUAUUGAGGAAGAACGGCAGAAGCUGCUUAAAGAACAUGCUGUUAAACUGUUGGGCUACCUUCCCAAAGGGAUUCUUAAAGAUGAACAAGACGUGAACAUGCUUGGUGAAGAGUUCAAGCAAGCUUAUCAGAAGAGACAAUAUGAUGGGCUUCCAGAAGACAAGUGAAACUUCAUGUUGCCACUAGCCGUCACUUGAGAUGAGAGACAGCAGCAUGUCCACGGUUCACUAUCCUUUUUCUAAAUCUCUCCAUGUAUAUUUUAAACAUCUUGGUUCCGUAGUGAUAAAUUAUUUCUGUACUCGUA